AUGGUGGCAGAGAUUCGCAGCGGAGUCAAGGCAACAACGGACAGUCUUCGCCGCGCACGCGCCCUCCAUGCCCUACGUCAAAAACACCCUCUGACGGCAACGGAUGGCACGCCCAAGCUGCUAGCAUGUCUUGAAGGCGUGACACCAACGUGGCGUCCGACGCACUCGGAUGAGCAACUCCUGGACGAGUAUUUCGACCAUGUUUUCCCCCUUCAGUUUCCCUUUUAUGUGGCUUCUCUUCCUGAAAGGGGCCACGGCUGGCUCCGUUCCCUGAUGGUGAGAUGCGAACCCCUGUGCUAUGCAGCACUUGCCCUGGCCCUCGUCUAUCGCGAUCCGAGCUCGCACCGCACCGACGCCAUCCGUGGGCGGCCGCGCGAAAACGAACAGCAACGGCUCUAUGGUCUAGCCGUAACUGGCUUGCGGCAACACAUUGACCGCUUAAGCGAGAAAAGUGUCCAAGAAGGCCUGCGGGAUGGGAUUGAAGUGUUCGCUUGCGUCGUCUAUUUGAUCAUGCUCGAAAAGCACAUGAUUGCAUCUCCAGGCAUGUUUCCCUAUCUGCAAGCUUAUUGCGUGGCUUUCCCAUACUACCGUCUUUCUGCUUUAUAUGACGAAGACAAGCAGAUCGAAGCAGCAAUCAGUCAGGCAAGCUCCACUGACUCCUCCCUUGCCCUUGUGGAUCAUGUUGCCGUAGAAUUCUUCAGUGCUGUUUUCCUCUGGUUCGAUACCUUGGCCACCGUCUCGACAGGCUGCAAACCUCAAUUUGCCGACAUCUGCGCAGCCGCUUUUGGCGCCUCAGACAGCAAGGUGCGACUACGGAAUAUCAUGGGUUGCGAGAACUGGGUGAUGAUCAUCAUUCGGGACAUCGCAGUGCUCGAUGGAUAUAGGAGGGGAGGACAGGACGGACAACUUCGGAGAGGCGAGGACGUUUGCCAGAAAUAUAUUGAGCUCAAGGAGCGUCUACGAUUGGGUCUCGCUGAACCCUGGGAGAGCUACCUUUCACUUUUGGCAAAGGGACCCAAAGACAGAGCAGCAGAGACUUGGCUGGUCCAGGCUACUCCCAUCGUCACCCAUGUCUUCGCCUGUGCGGCCCUGGUUUACCUGACCGUCGUUCUGUCUGGCCCUGAUCCCUAUCUUCCUGAGAUUCGGGACGCCGUUUCAAGAUCGCUGAAGAUAUUCAGUGUCCUACCCGAUGUUCGGAUACUGCAUGCCAUGCUCUGGCCUUUUUGUGUUACCGGAUGCAUGGCACUUAAAGACCAAGAGUCUUCGUUUGAGGAGUUGGCGGUGAAGGCUAGCGCGUUGACUCAAGGGCCUGGUAUUUGGUUGAGGGCUCUUCAGGUGAUGAAGACAUGUUGGCAGAUCCGGAGUGAGGGGAGCCAGGAUCACCCUUCCGCCGAUUGUCAGUGUCUGAGGGCGGGUCUGAAAUGCACCUACGAAGAGAAGCCUGCAAAACGUGGCCGGCGGCGACGAGGACACGCCCACGAGAGCACCCUUCCCUACUCUGGAAGUCUGAUUAGGUUGAACUCUCCACCCUCUCGAACAUCUGAACUCUCGCCUACGGCACCAUCUGGAAACCUUACAGAGCACGAGUUCGAGUUUGACGGUCUCGCCCAGGGUAUCGCACCUGAUGGAGACUGUGAGAGAUUUGACGCUGAUGGUCAAAACUACCCGUUUGAGUCUCAGAUAUUUGAGUCUGGCACGAUUGCUAUUAACGACGACCCAUGUAUGAUACCAGAUCUGUUACCCCCAGAGGAUGAACUAUCCAGGGGCGACGACAUCUGGAACGCUAUCGACGAGUUUUUUGACACAUUGCAUGUUGUGUUCCCUAUCCUGUCAUAUGCAAGCCUUGCUUCACGUUUGAUCAUUGACCCCGCAUGGCGUGCUAUUCCGGAAUUUCGCACGCUACUCCUAUCCAUUCGGGUAGUGAACGCAGCAGGCCAAUUUCGCAUGGCUCCAUCAGAUACGGCACAUAUUUCCGAGCUCAUUACCCAAGUUGAGAAGUCACGCUUGGAAUACGACUUUGCCGACCCUCCAACUCUCGAUAGUGUGGUUAUUUCUUUGUUUCUAUUCACCGCCUAUAAUGUCCUCGAAAAACACAACCGCGCAUUCCUGUACCUGGACGAGGCGCUGUCUCUCCUGGAGGUGGUAGGCGUUGCCGACGAAGAAGAGCGGCACCGAAAGGCACAAAUUGAGCAGGUGCUCUUUAACACAGAAGCAGCGACCAUGGCAAUCUAUGCGAACCAAGGUAGACGGCGGCGGGCUCGCAGACCACGGGAAGUUGUGGAUAUACCACUGAGGGCAUCCCAUACCCUUGGCGCCCUUGAUGAAUCCGACAGGGUUGCUCUGCACCUGUUGAGACGCCUUACUGAAAUACAUCUCGCCGAGAAUGCAGAAGCGUUUGACGAAAUCGACAUUGACUCCGAGGCUGACAUGGCAACGCUGUUCGGGGCAGUUUUUAAACGCCAUCGGUACUCCCGUAUACAAGCUGCAGACGUGGUGGUCACGCGGCAAUGGCAACUUUCAACAAAGCUCGUCGCCAAUCUCAAAAUGGGCACCGGCAUCUCCCCGAGAUUACAGAAAUCGGUCGAGGCCCUGGGUCUUGCAGCCAUGUCUUGGAUUUGCUUACUGGGAGAAGGCGAACUACGAAUCGUGGGGCUCGGGAAACUGUCUAGCCUUGCGCAGAACAUCCGCGUCCUGGCAGGGAGAGGCCAGUGUCAAUACAUCCUAGGUGGCCUCGCGGGCGCUGUCAUCAAGGAGGAUCAUGAGAAGAUCUUUGCGCCUCAACUCGCAGGGGUGGUCAUGCCUCUGAUUUCGAAAGUACCUGCAUCGCUCAAUGUCAGGCCGCCCUACGAAUAUCAGAGCCUGGGGCCUCAGGCACGGACAGCGACACAAGUUGAGCCUAUGAGUGGUCGCGUCUUCGAGACCAAUAGCAUUUCAUGGGAUUCUUUGACACCGAGUGAUGCUGAGCAGACUUAUGAUGGCAAUUCACUAGACCCUAUCGAUCGAUUUAUUGACCUCUCUUGA